UUCGCGUCGGUGUGAUUCGGGGGAAAAGGUCACGCCUGAGCAGUUCGGCCGCCAGCGAGCAAGAGACGAGAACAGAUUUACAUAUACGCCCCAAGGGUUUAAAUGCGUGGAUGAGCUCGAGGUGAAGUGUGACUCGCUGCUACGGCUUUGGCAAAACCUCGGGAGAAAAGGGAUCUCGCCAGUAUCGUGUUUGUCCCGCGCCUGGAACACGAGCACUCCUGCAACAGGUAAGUUUCAUUCCUCUUCUGCAUCGAGCUGCUCGGAGCGCGCGCUCGUUCGCCGAGUUCAACGGCACGCGCUCAGACCUCACACUUCCACAAGCUCAGCAGACAAGAAAACUACAAAACGACCCAAACAGCGAUGCCGUCCAACAAGUAUUCCUCAGCUAUCAUGGCGGAAAGUGACAAGAUGACAGCCACGGCUGCUGUAAAUGGUGACAUGUCCACAGUUGAGGGUUUGUCAGAGAAUGACAGCGGACUGGAGAUGACUAAUGAGAACAGCCCCUUAACUGGGGCGGAACCACCCUCACCGUUCAGCCCCAAACAGAAUGGGGGUGCAGCAUCACCUGCAGAUGAGAGUGUGAACAGCCUGACAAGGAAGAGAUCUCGGAAGCGUUCUGAAACAGAUUACGAGAGUGCCUGGGACUCAUGCAGUGAGGAAAAGGCUGAUCUGGGUUCAGGCUGUGGUUCUGGUCUUAGACAGAGGCCUCGUCCCAGGACCAUCUUCCAGGCUGGACUUACAGCUCAGGCGAAACCCCACAACAGAGAGAGGGGCCACGUCAAGCAGGAGCCAAGCAUUCUGGUUCCUAGUCUUUCUGAAGGCCCCCAGCUGGAGCUGAUGGAGCAGGACUCUAAAGACUCAGCUCAAAGCAGUGCAACAUCCACCUCCACAACCGACACCGGCAGCCAGCCUGAAUACAAUGACAAUAAGGGCUUUGGAAUCGGAGAGCUGGUAUGGGGCAAAAUUAAAGGUUUCUCCUGGUGGCCUGGUAUGGUGGUGACCUGGCGAGCGACUGGGAAGAGACAGGCAUCGCAUGGCAUGCGCUGGUUACAGUGGUUUGGUGAUGGCAAAUUCUCUGAGGUGUCUGCUGACAAACUGGAUUCCAUCACAGCCUUUUCCAAGUUUUUUAAUUUGUCCUCUUACACCAAGCUGGCUUCCUACCGCAGAGCGAUAUUCCAAGCCCUCGAGAUGGCUAGCAUCCGUGCUGAGAAGACGUUUCCUCUGUGUAAAUCGGAUAAUCCAGAGGACCAGGUGAAACCCAUGCUGGACUGGGCUCACAGCGGCUUCUUGCCCAAAGGAAAGGAGGGCCUCAAACCCAAAGAAAACUCCCCUGAGUGCUGUUUGUUCCCAGCAGCUCCAGAGAGCACAACGCUGCAGGCCAAACUUCUGGAGUCCAAUCCGCCAGAGCUUGCACCGUCUGCUAAGAGGGCCAGACUCAGCAUGUGCAAGGCCAAAUCAGCCAGUGAGGACAUCUACAGCAGAGAACAAAUGGUUCAUGAAGUCUUGAAAAAUCACAGAAGUAUAGAAGAGUUCUGCCUGUCUUGUGGCAAGACAAGAGCAGCAACCUUCCACCCACUGUUUGAAGGAGGCCUGUGUCAAGCAUGCAAGGAUGUAUAUUUAGAGAUCUCCUACAUGUAUGAUGACGAUGGCUAUCAGUCGUACUGUACGGUAUGCUGUGGAGGUCGGGAAGUGCUACUUUGUGGGAACGCCAACUGCUGCAGGUGUUUCUGUGUGGACUGUUUGGACCUGCUGGUUGGUGCAGGAGCAUCAAACAGUGCACGUGAUUUAGACCCGUGGCUGUGUUAUAUGUGUCAGCCGUUGCAGCCGUAUGGCGUGCUGAAGAGACGUCACGACUGGAGCCUUAAACUGCAGGAGUUCUUUGUAAAUGACAAAGGACAGGAGUUUGAAAGCCCCAAAAUUUACCCAGCAGUUCCAGCAGAGCAAAGGCGUCCGAUUCGAGUGCUGUCACUGUUUGAUGGCAUUGCUACAGGCUAUCUGGUGCUGAAGGAUUUGGGCUUUAAGAUUGAUGCAUACAUUGCCUCAGAGGUGUGCGAGGACUCCAUAUCCGUGGGAGUCGUCCGACAUGAAGGAAAAAUCCAAUAUGUGAACGAUGUUCGAAAUAUCACCCGGAAAAAUAUGGCAGAAUGGGGACCGUUCGACUUGGUGAUUGGUGGAAGCCCGUGUAAUGACCUGUCGAUUGUCAAUCCAGCUAGGAAGGGGCUUUAUGAAGGGACUGGCCGUCUGUUCUUCGAGUUUUAUCGUCUGCUGAGUGAAGCAAAGCCAAAAGAGGGAGAAGACCGACCCUUCUUCUGGAUGUUUGAGAACGUAGUCGCGAUGGGUGUCAACGACAAACGAGACAUUUCGCGCUUCCUCGAGUGUAAUCCAGUAAUGAUCGAUGCUAUUGAAGUGUCAGCUGCUCACCGAGCUCGAUAUUUCUGGGGCAACCUGCCAGGAAUGAAUAGGCCUCUGUGUGCCUCUGGCAUGGAUAAGCUAGAACUACAGGACUGCCUGGAACAUGGCCGCCUUGCUAAGUUUGGAAAGGUGCGGACCAUCACAACACGCUCCAACUCCAUCAAGCAGGGUAAAGACCAGCAUUUUCCUGUCAUCAUGAAUGGUAAAGAAGACAUUCUGUGGUGCACAGAGCUUGAGAGGAUUUUCGGCUUUCCUGUCCACUACACAGACGUGUCCAACAUGGGGCGCGGAGCCAGACAGAAACUGCUGGGUCGCUCAUGGAGUGUUCCAGUCAUCCGCCAUCUAUUUGCACCUCUGAAGGAUUACUUUGCCUGUGAAUAACAGCCAAAGUGUCCACUCUAAUCAGGCCAAGUUACACAGGCGUAAUACCUGCAGCAACAAAGCACCAAAAGUCUUUACAAGACACAGGGGAACGUGAGGUUUAGUUUGUUUUUGCCUCAUUUGAGACCUGCGCAAGGUUUUGUCCAGCAGGUGAUGCUGUUGCUUUUAGCCAACAAGUCUAAUGUUAGGUUUUUAUGGGCCUACAGUAUUUACAGUAGGCAUUAACUGAGGGUUACACAUCUUCAAACGCAUAACAUUUCACACAAAAAUACUUGAUUUUCAGAGAUCUUGUUUCACUUAAUGAUGUUUUCACUACCUUGAUAGCCAGAAAUGGUUAAUAGAUUUAUCUUGAUAGACAAAGCUGACAUUCUGGUGAAGAUUUAACAUUAUAUCCCACUAAAACACACACUAAAAAAACGUGUUUUCUGUCAGGUAUGUGGCAUUAAAAUCUCUAUUACAAUAGUUUACUUAAAAAAGAGUUGUCAGGGAAGUCUUUUAGCAGUUCAAUCUUUAGUUUCUAGUGGAACUUUGUAGUAAGAUUUAACAUCCCUUAACUUUUUGUUGCUUCUCAGUGAAUUGUAAAAGUGAUUAUUUGCCAGAAUGUCAGAGUUGUUUACAGGUUAUUUUAGAGUGUGAGGUAUUUAAGCAUAAAAAAGGUCAGUCAUGCCAAAGAUCAAAACACACAGACUGAGUCUUAAUUUCAAGUCACAGCAUGAUUCCUUACAGUUUGAAUUCCCCAAAAGGGAAAGUUGUUGUUUUUUUUAGAAUAUUUUGUUCAUUGUUGUUGUUUGUGUAGUGACUGUGGAUUGUUUGACCUUUGUCAAGCAUUUCUAAUGCAUUCCUUGUUCUAUAAGUCUUUUUACACAAAGAAAUACUUGAAACGAGUGCAUUGGUGCAAAUUCUAAGCUGUGAGCCCACACAAUUUAUAUUUGCAAACAUUUUUCUACAAAGAACUGCAGAUUAUAAGAGCUUUCAAUACAAUUAAUCUGGAAAAAAAAUGUUUAGAAGGUAAAGCAUUGUAAAACAAGCCAAAUGUACAAUUUCUAUGUAGACAGUUUAUUUGAUAUGUUAGAAUUUUAAAUAUAUUACCAGUAAUAAAAAAGAAAACAGAUUCAGGGCUUCACAUUCAGGGCUUUUUAAAAAAAAAAUGCAUCAAAAUACAGUAAUUACUAAUAACACACAGGGUACUGUUCUUAUAUGUUUACAUUCCUAACUGGUUUUUAGGGUCUUCACAUAGACCUUCACUGGAACUGUAUUAUGAAAGCGCCUCCCUAAAAGAUGAGGACUGAUUUUAGUACCUGAGGUUCUUUACUGCUGUUUCUUGUUGUUGGGUGCUCUAUCAUAAAAGGUUGCAUUUUUGUACUCCUUCCUUUAUACAUUCCUUUUUUUUUAUUAUAAUAAUUUUCAAAUAUAUUUUUUUAAACUUAUGGUGCCUUUUGAAGUACAAUUCAUCUUGGAGCCUUUUUGAUUACUUUAAAACAGAACGUGAUACAAUAUUAGAUAUGCCUGCUUCAGAACGACUACUGUCCACAAUUUAAGCUAGACAUUAUUGUUAAUCUUUUUAAGACAGUAUGCAGAAAUAUCUUUGUUUUCGUAUAUCAUGUAAAACAGAAGUUUUCUAUCACUUUCAUUUGCAUUACAAAAUGACAACUACAAACUUCUAUUAGCCCAAAAUGUAGGUCUUUGUUAAAACAAAAUAGCACAAAGUACUGCCUAUUUUUCCACAUUGUUUAGACUUUAUAUUGUAGUGUUUUAAUAUUUGUUUAAAAACCUAACAUUUUAUAUAGUAGUUCUUUUAAACGUGUUGCAUAAAUGUUUGUCAUUUACUUGAUGUUUGGUAAAAUAAAAACAUAUUAGCACUGAAAACUUACAUAUUAACAGUACAUUUUAUACAAAGUCCAUUUUGGAGAAUUUUUGAUAAAUACUCCAUGACUUUAUUUUUAUACUUUUGUACUCAUUUGUAUGUUUUUGUAUACUUUUUUUUUUAAUUCAUAACUUUAUGUAACAAAGUGAUGUUAGUGAAAUUGACACCAAUAAAGAAGAUGACCUUUACUGUA